AUGACUUCUACAGCACAGUCACAACCAAACAACACCCCGGCUCAUCAUUCGCAACACCAGAAUCCGCUUACCCAGAAGCCUUUUCCUGCAAAUACUGUUCACAGUCUUCCGGCCAGCACGGCGUCAUAUACAGCAGACAACCACUUAGCAGGUCUCGUUGAAGCCGCAACUGCUGCUGCUGGCCAGAACGUCGGAUGGACACAUUCCGACGACGACGACACGGCAAUGGCUGGAGAGACUCGGGCAUUGCAAAACUCCCUUGACGGGUACACAGUUGGCAUGCAGCUAGAAGAUUCAUAUGCAAAUCAGGGAAAUGCCCCCAACCCACAUUUUAUUCUUCCCCCACGUACAGGUCCUCGACCAAUUGCUCCGGCGGGCGGUCCGAUUCCGCUGUCCGAGGCGAACGCCGCUGCCCGUAAGCGAAAAAGGGGAGAUCCAAAUGUUGAUCCUUCAAUCACGGGGAAUCCAAACUUUACAACAAAUAGUAGUGAAACCGGGCUCUCGAAUCCUAAUGAAUACGCUGCUAGAGAACUUUCUCAUCGGCAUUCCACUUCAAAUACUCGAGUAACCGGGGUUUAUUCAGCAGUCGCACUCUUUCGACAGCCCUCAGCAACAAGCAAAAAGUACACUCGCCCUCCAAUGUCAAAGCUCUUCACAUCGUUAGAGUUGUCCCCCGAGAAUUUUCUUCACUUGCAAGCCGCUGCUAAGGCUUACAUGCUUGAUGAAGAUCAUCCAGAACGUCGGGAUUGCGUUGGGCAACGCGGCAAAGGUGACACGGAAAUGGUGAGGCUAAGGCUUUGGAAUUGUGUUAGUGAUUUUCUUGAUAAGGAAGGGAACGGCCCUCGUUUCUUUGGAGAGAAUGAUGUCAAUGAAGGGAUGGAACCACGCCAGAUGGUCUGGCCUCGAGAUGAUCAGAAAAUAAUAUCUCUGAUGAUGCCUCUGCUUCGGCGCAUGGUAACAAAUGAGCGGCAGCGGCAAUAUGCUAUUGAAACUAGGAAAGGUGGGAGUUCGGAAGAAAAGAAACGGAAGCAGACGGAGAUCAGAAGCUCCGAUUCAGCUGCUGGUGAUAGUGUAGUUCCCUUUCAGCAACCCUCCGAGACAGAUGUCGAAAUCCUCCGCCUUCUCCCCGCUGGAUACCCUUCCGAGUGGCAAUCAAUCACACAGUGUUACGAGUCCUAUAACCAAAAUUUUCGCCUCGAUCAACUUGGCGCUAUAUGCGGACUUCCCCGUCCGGAUUGGCUGGGAUUGAUCGCAGCUAUUGAUUGCCAUUACCAAACAGACCACCAUGGGCAUGCUGCAGAAUGCGAUCAGCCUUGUCUGGAUUGCAUGGUCAAUAACAUUGUUUCCUCGGAAUGCGUCGCAAAUGCGAAUUGGAGGGUUGGCGGGUCGACUGACGAUUCUUCGGUACGGACAUAUUUUGCUUCCAACAUCAUACGGGAUGCAUCCCAUAUAAUUAGAGAAAUGCUUGUUGGCCGCACCGAUGAUCAACAUGAUCCAAAUAUUGCCCAGCCUACAAUCUUUUCUGGGCCAUCUAAUUCUGAGCGAAUUUCCCCACCACCAUUACCCUCUGGCCUACUACCAACUGUAUCCACUACUCAAUCAAUACAGCACUCACAGAAGCAAUCAACGAACUCCGCAAGGGUUAUUGUCAAUGUGGUUCAAAAUGGAGAUGACAAGCGUCUGUUACCACGGGUGGAAUUUCAAGGCGAACAAACAGCCAGCCUUUCAUUACUUCUCACUAAUGCCCGCCAAUAUCAUCAGCAGCGCCAUCAGCAACCACAGCGAUUCCAAAACGAUAUAUUGUCUAACAAUAUCCGAGUAAGGGCAUGGCUUAAAGAUGGAUUAACGUUGAUUAGAAAUGAUGAGGAAUGGAUGGCUGCUCUAAUGGCGUCGCACAUGGUUGACUGGAUGGAUGGAGAACUUCGUGUUGUUCUCGAUGCCGAUGGGACGCUGUAG